AGCCUAGCGGUGAAUGACCUUUACGACGCCAGCUGACUUCCAAAGGUGGACGCUAGGUCAGUCAGUGCGUGUUUCAAGGUCAUUGUUUGCGGCUUUAACAGCCGUGACCAAAAGCCUUGAAGAACCAUGUUGCAAGAAGCCUGUAUCGUGAGUGUCAGUGGUGAAAGCAGCAAGUCAUCUGGCAACCAUGGUGAAGUCACAGGACACAGCUGUAGUGGUGUAAUUGUGGACAGACAGAGAGGGCUGGUCCUGUCUCAUGGUGUAGCCUUCAGUCCCUACCUACCUGAUGAGUUCACCUCUCAUCAAGUAAGGCGACAAGGCUGGUACAAACCUCAAGAUACAGACAGAUUUAAUAUUGAAGUGAUAGUCAGGCCUAGGUCAGAAAAGGGCCAACCUGAAGCUAGUGACAGAUUCCUGCAACCCAUUCAGCAGCCAAUUCCAGCAGCCACUACAGCUGGAGGAAAGCUAGCAUCUGAGUUGGAUUCACCACCAGAGAAAAAGUGUUCAGCAGAGUUGCUGCUGCUCUGGAGGUGUAUUGACUUUGACGAUGCUGUGAGGAAGCUGAUGCCAAAGUACGACAAUUGGCACUUUGAUGAACCUCCCAAUAAUCCAGCCGAUAGCCGCAGAGACCCUUCACACCAGAUUGAGGCAGUCCAGUCCUGUGUCAAGACCGACUGGAUGGCUGAAGUCUCCUUGUCUUGGUUCGCACUUUUAAAACUCAAAGAAUCAGAAAAAGGUGCUGAAAGUUCAGCUGUUGUUGGAGUAGAACAGGCUCAGAUAGGUUCACCUGUCAUGGCAGUUGGAACGCCCUUUGGUGUUCUCUGUCCAUCUGUGUUCAUGAAUAGCUUGGCAAAGGGGAUCGUGUGCAACACUGCGGGGAAGGGUGGGGCGCUGAUUCUCACAGAUGCAAGAUGUCUGCCUGGAACUGAGGGUGGCCCACUGCUCACUGUUGAUAGGGAUGGAAAAUGGAUGUUGCUUGGUCUGGUAGCUGCACCUCUCUGUUGGAAGGCCAACGAGUGGAUAGGGCUGUCCCUAGUCUGCUCGUUCCAUGCUGUGCUGGACUCCUUAGCUCACCUUGUGCCCUGGCCUCUCAUCCCAGCUGCCGCAGUCAUACACAGCAUCCAAGAACCACCACAUCCGGCUCUGUCACAAGUGGAGAAGUCUAUAGUGAUGAUAGAAGCAGGGGAAAUCUGGGGGUCGGGGGUUGUUGUGCAUGUGGAUGAAUCUAAAGUCUAUCUUUUGACAUGCCGGCAUGUCAUAGGGUCCUCCUCUAAAGUGAAAGUUGUAAUGUGUCAUGCACAAAAAGUCAGGGUGACAGGAAAUGUUGUAUAUGCCACUCCCUCGGAGUCAGUUUAUGAUUUAGCAGUAGUGGAGUUCCCUAACCCAAGGGUAAAACUUGUCCCUGUGAGAGAGACAAGAAGGUACGACCAAGGAGAACAGUGUUUUGCGGUUGGUUAUGCCCUUUUUGGUCAGAAUCAACAUAUGAAACCAACAGUGACAGCUGGAGUGCUAUCCAAUGUGGUUUCCUGGCAAGGCAAUCCCAUCAUGCUCCAGUCCACAUGUGCAGUGCAUGCUGGGGUUAGUGGGGGUGCCCUUUUUAACCAACAGGGACAACUGAUGGGGAUUGUAGUAAGCAAUGCAAAGGAUGUACAACUCAAAGCGUGUUAUCCACACCUGAAUUUCAUCAUUCCGUCAACAACCUUUGCAAAAGCAAUGGAUAGAUUUGUACAGACAAAAGAUGCUGGUUGUUUGUCUGAGUUUGAUAGUAACAAUCAUUACUUGCAAGAUGUAUGGAAACUCCAAGAACCAAAACCAUUACUGCAAAGUAAGAUAUGAAAUGUCUACAGGACUGUCAUAGGUUGCAGUAGAAUUUUC